UAGAUUUUUUUCAGUGUUUCAUUCGCGCAGAAACGUCGUUGUUGGUCAUUUUGUCGAUAAAACUGGACUGAUCAUCCGAAUUCCACAAAAUUAUUAGAAAUUGAUUGAAUUAGAUUGUAGUUUUUGGAACUCUGUUUGGUUUACAAGAUAAAAUGGAUAGUGAGCCACCGUCGGACGGCUAUCUUAUAGAUCUUAUAGACAGCGAAUGGCUUACAGAUGAGCUUCCGCACGAUCAGAUAAUGGUUCCGUUUGAGAAGCUCCCGGAUCCUGAAGCUGACAAUGGAGACUCGCAUCUGACGCUGACCGAGCAGGAACAAAAGUGGACGGAUCUCGCUUUUUCUACGCUCGCCCCCGAGUUGUCAAUAUCGGAUCAGCUAAAUAUGCACGGUGUAUAGAUAUAGAAUGAGUCAUUGCAAAGUUUCGCAUACGAACAAUAUAAACUAUAUUAGAAAGUUUCAAAAUGAAUAAGAAUCUUCAUUCUUUGACGGCCUUGACCGAAUUUGCCAGAGACUUUGAAGAAGAGCCGGAAACUAUGUUUUCGAAGUUGGUGACUAAAUUUACAACAGGCAUUUAUAACAGUGGCAGCAGCACUUCUAAUCUUGUUAAAACAGAAGAUAAAACAAUCAAGAGUGAAACAAGUGACAUCACAGUUCAAGUGGAACAUUCCGAUAUUAACGUUGGAAAUACUCAAUCUUUGGAUACUGUUUCAAGUCAUUUGAGCAACAAUUUAUCAACAUCAUCAGAAGAGUCACAGCAGGAUAUUAACGUAUAUCAAGGCCGAACUUCCAUCAAUGUUUUAAAACGCCUCAUAAAUUUGGUAUCGCAGAAACAAACUAAUUAUAAACAUUACAAGCACACAGACCUACAGAAGCUGUGGAUGCCCGAUUCUACAUCCAUCGAAUGCUAUGAUUGUUCAGCUAAAUUUUCUACAUUCCGUAGAAAACAUCACUGUCGCUUGUGCGGUCAAAUAUUUUGCACAAAAUGCUGUAGCCAAGUAGUUCCGGGAAAAAUUAUCAAUUGCACAGGUGACUUAAAAGUUUGCACAUAUUGCUCAAAAGUAGUGUUGUCUUAUCUAAAAUCAUCGAACAUUGCCGCUGACCUAAAAUCAGAUCUUCGAGCACUACAAGAGGACCUUUCCAACAAACUAUCAAUAGGAGCAACGUCAUCUCAUAACGAUGGCGAUCCCAGUAUCGCCAAUGUUCAGCGCCGAAAAAUAUCUGUCGGUUAUCAAGAAGAGCGAUUUGCAUCGACCCAGACGCCAACAAUGUCAAGUGCAGAUAGAAAAACGAUUCUCCAACAGUCAAAUUCCUUGCGAGCUUUAUACGAAGAGAUGAUCAAAGUGCUUCCGAACCAAAACCGGGGUCUGGAUUUGAUAGCAUUUUUAAUCAGCAAUCAAAAGUCAUCCAAUAAUCGCCAAGCGGUGGCAAUUCUAAAUGCAAUGACGGAAGCUGGCUUUCUCAUUCCGCUUACGGUGAAUUUCGCCUUGGUAAAUCAGGCUACUUCAGAAACCGAUGAGAUAAGCACCACCAUUUUGACAGAUUUUGAUGAAAACAUGAUCUACAAGUUUCUAUGGAUUGACGAUGAUGUUUCGCAAACUGGCUCAUUUGAGAUAGAUGUGGACUUCAAAUCGAAUUCUGUUCAUCUGAUGCGUCCAUGCGGAGAGGAGGAUGAAAGCCAAGAUAUAAACCCUCCCACCGCUCCUGAUAAUGUCGAAAUCUAUUCUAACUAUCGCGAAGUAGACAUCGAAAAUUCUCUCAACUUAUCUUCUGGUGCAAAAGCACUACUAGAAGCAUUCUGUGAGCAUGAGGAAAUUUUGCUGAAUCAGUUGCUUCGAAGCGAAAAUCUGGACCCUUCGUGGGCGAAAACUUUAAUUCCAAUUGCAGCUCGUGUGGCCAACACUGUUAGACCGCAAUUAUGUGGAUUGGCAGAUGCAAUGGAUAUUCGAAAUUAUGUAUUUUUCAAAAAGCUACCUGGUGGAAAACGGAAAGAGUGUCGGAUUCUAGGUGGUGUGGCCUUCACUAAGAACGUUGUUCAUCGACAAAUGAUGUCACGUAUCGAGAAGCCUAAAAUAUUGUUACUGCAAUGUGCCAUUGUAUACCAACGGGUUGAGGGAAAAUUUGUCAGCUUCGAUACGUUGAUGUUGCAGGAACGUGACUAUCUUAGGAAUCAAGUCACAAAAAUCCUUGGUCUAGGUCCGAACAUAGUUCUGGUUCAUAAAAAUGUAGGUGGAAUCGCGCAGGAUAUGCUGCGGAAUAAUGGCAUCACGUUAGUACUGGAUGUAAAACUAUGCGUUAUGGAUAGAAUAGCUCGCUGCUUGGACUGUGAUAUUCUAGCGUCAAUAGAUUCCAACGUUGGUCAGCCUAGACUAGGGACAUGCGAUACAUUCCACAUUCAAACAUUCUACGACGAUCAGGGAUCGUCGAAAACGGUCAUGUGUUUUGAGCGGUCUUACAGUCCACGUGGGUGUUGCGUUCUAUUGCGAGGAGGUAGCCGAAACGAAUUGGUGAAGAUCAAAAAAGUGAUUUCGUUGCUACUGUUUGCUCGCUAUAACUGGCGUUUAGAGUUGUCGUAUCUGUGUGACGAAUACGCAAGACCGCCUUCUCCUAGAUCGAGUAUAUUUGAAUCGAAAGAGCCUAGUCCUUCCGAAGAAUUUAAGUUGAGCAGUGAUAGUCAGAAGAAAGAAUCGAAUAUAGCUAAGAAAUGCGAUGAAGGACACAAAAAGUUCAACGUCAAUAUUGAAAAUGUUGGUGAUUUUUCGGACCCUCUUCGUGCUGUCGAUCUAUCACCAAGCGUCUAUGAAUCGGAAAGUCCUGUAGUAUUGGCCGUGGAAACACCCUUCGAUAAUCGAUUUAGAACUGCUCUCAGCGGUACCAUUCUAUCUGUUAGUCCAUUCUUGAACUUUCCUCUGCCGUACUUAGAGACUGAAAAUGGCCGCAAAUGUGCUUUACGCUGUUUGUUUCCGAAUGAGCUGUAUUAUUCAAAGCAAUGGAGCAAUCGAACAUUCGAUAAACAAAUCUCUGUUGAAGAAACUGUAGGUGAUCUGAAUGAUACCGUCGAGCUGUCGUCGCCACAUGAGUUUACCAAGUACAAAAUUGUAUCUUCAGUGGAAAGUAAAGAAGUACAAACAGUACUGGCAAGCUUUCGAGCUUCUGGAGGACGAUAUCCAAAACAAUCAAAAAUGAAAAAAGUAACGACUCGCAAAAGACGCCUCACCACACUUCCUCAGAAAUCCAUAGAAGAAUUCACGAACAAAGACGCUUUGGACUUGGAAAACCAUCAACGUUUGCCUGUGUUGUUUUGCAGUUUCUAUUAUAAUCCGAACGCUCCAUCAUCAUUUUGUGCGCAACCUUCGUUUUUAAACAUGCAAUUUUAUGGACAAAACGACAUCAUGCUCGGAGAGUUUCUAGAGCGAUAUUGUUUCCGUAGUUCAUACAUUUGUAAAUCAUGCAAUUUACCAAUGAUGGAUCAUGUACGGCGGUAUGUUCAUUCGCAUGGUUGCGUCCAUGUUAAGCUUAGUGAAGAUGUGAACAAGGUGGAUACUGGAACCCUACUGGUCACUUCGAAGUGCACCAUUUGUAACGAGAGAACCAAACCGGCUCCUAUGGCGAACGUCACGUGGUGUUAUUCAUUUGCGAAAUACUUGGAAUUGAGAUUUCAUGGACAUUCCUAUAAACGGAGAGAGAUUGAGGGACAAAGCAAAUGUGAUCACUCUCUGCAUCGAGAUCACGUGCAACAGUUUUCUUACAUGGGAAUCGUAGCCAGUUUUAUGUAUAGUCCGAUUGACGUAUGGGAAAUCAGUCUGCCUGCCAUGAUUGUUCGGCUGAAACAUUUGAAGACUUGUGAUCAACAGCAAAUAGUUGAAGAAGUUAAAAAUUUUGCUAUGAAAGGAUACGAGGUCUAUGCAAAAAUUUUCGAUAAACUAGCUGAACUAUCUGCCGACACGGAUAGCUUUUCAAAACUGAAGAAAAAGGCUAAUCAAGAUCAAGUCAAUUUCAAACAACGUGUUGAGGCAGUUCAAACACUGCUGACAGAAGAGAUUGUUUCAUCAGAAGCAGUAGAUGAUGCGAUGUUGAUGCUGAAAAAAGCAAUGGCAGAAACAGUAGAAGAAUGGGAAGCUAAGCUGCAUGAUAUUACAGUCCAGUGCAAAUCGUAUCCGUCGAAAUCUGGAGCAAUGAGUAUUGACAAUGGUACUAUAGCCACAGAAUAUCUCGAUCUGGCUAAAGAUAAUGAAAGUGUUCAAUCGACUGCGGUUACAGCUAUGACUAGCGAGGAAAACGCAGUAGCAUCUUCCCAAGAAUCGGUAGCAGAAGGUACGAGAACAGAUGACAAAAAUAUGAAAGAAGGAGAUCGCAAAAGCGUUAAAGGUUAUUUGAGUCACUUCUUGUCUUCCUCUGAAAACACACAUUUUCUAAGUUGUCCAUUACCAAAUAACGAGCAUCAUUGCCUUAAGUCUGGACUUUUCCCUGUGGUGGUAGUGGAUCAGGAUCUAGCUUCAUGCAUAGCAUACAGCUUAGUAUCAUUAGAUUACAAUAGAGCAUUGGAAAAUCUCUACUCUGGGAAUAUGACUGAACAAAGCCCGCAUUUGAAGCGCAAGUCAUUAGAUGUAGGGACGAAUUCCGAAGCUGACGAAUCGGUACAGAAUAAACCAGAUAAUGUCGACAACAAGAAAAGCAAAAACAAUUCCCAUGUUGAAGUUAAUUUUCAGGACUCCUCUUGUAGCAUUACAUGCAAAGUGUACUACGCAAAAGAAUUCGACAAUCUGCGAUGUAAAUUACUAGACGCGCCAAACGAUUCGACCGACAACACUAACCAAAAAGCAACAUGCAAACCGCAAAGCGACUCCAAAAAUACGGAGGAAGAAAUCUGCACGAUCAGAAGAAUGUUUGCUCGAUCGCUUUGUCGGAGUGUAGUAUGGGAAGCCCGUGGUGGUAAAAGUGGAUCGAAAUUUAGCAAAACUAUCGACGAUCGGUUUGUGUUGAAAGAAAUGUCUAAAACAGAUAUUUCUAUUUUCGAAAACUUUGCCCCUAACUAUUUCGAAUAUUUGACGCAAUGUUCGAUGAAGCAACAACCUACUUUAUUGGCCAAAAUUUUCGGAGUCUUCAAGGUUACAGUCAGAAAGAAAGACAAUACAACGCAUGAAAAGACUGUCUUAGUGAUGGAAAAUUUGUUCUGCAAUAGAGAAAUAGUUGAAAAAUUCGAUUUGAAAGGGUCGUUAAGGAACCGAAUGGUUGAUCCAAACAGGCAAUCAGGAGAAAUAGUGCUGAUGGAUGAGAAUUUAAUGCAAAUGUCUUGGACAAAUCCGUUAUAUAUUUUGACGCACAGCAGGACUGUUUUAAAGGAUGCGAUAGAGAGAGAUUCUUCAUUUUUGGAAAAGAAUGAAGUUAUGGAUUAUUCUCUGUUGGUUGGAUUGGACAACAAAGAAAGAUUACUUGUUGUUGGAAUAAUUGAUUACAUCCGUACUUUUACGUUGGACAAGAAAGUUGAAUCUAUUUUAAAGCAAUCAGUUAUGAUGGGUGGAGGCCAUGGAAAACUUCCUACUGUAAUAAAGCCCAAAAACUACAAGACACGUUUCAUCGAAGCAAUGGAUCGUUAUUUUCUAGCUGUUCCUGAUCGGUGGGACGGUUUGACGAAAAACAGUGUUUUUCAAUAUUCAUCAUGCUGACAUCAUUCGUCAUCGAUAAAUAAAUUUGUAACAAGCUAAACUGUUAUUGCAAAUCUAAUUAGAUUAAUCAAUUUAAUUAUUUAUAAAUAAAAAUGUCUUAGGUAUAAUGAAACUUA